AUGCGGAAGCGAGAACGUUCUGCCUCUGUCUCACCCGCCCUUCGUGCAGUCCCACCCGGCCACCCACCGCCGCCGCCGCCGCCGCUGAAUGACCCCAUUUAUCACCACCGCCAGCAGCAACAGCAGGAGGAGGCGCAGCAGGUCCUCUUGGACGUUCUUCGCCGCACAUCCCUCGCCGAGCAGAAGGACCGCGAGAUUGUCGAGUGGCUCACGGACGCCGCCUCGUGGCUGCAGAGCGCCGAUGUGACGCUGGCCGGUGCGGGGGCGAUGGCGGAGUUGCGGCAUCACGUCCUCGCGGUGCUGCACACGAUGCCGUGGUGGCGCAUCGUCGAGGCGGUGGAGACGCGGCGCGGGCCGACGGCGACGACGCGGGCCGUCACUCGAUGGCACUCGCGGCUGCAACUCGCGUUCGAGCGGGUGUGCGUGGUGCUGCUGGAGCAGUCGCCGCAUGCGGUGCGGGGGGUGUUGGGCGUCGCGCUGCGGCCCUUCCGCCAGCGGCUGCCGGUGCGGGACGGCGCGAGGCGACUGCUGCCGGGCGACACAGUCCUGCGGGUGAUGAACACCGUGGCGGCGCGAUACCCCGCGGCGGUGGUGCUGGACGCGUUGGAGCGCUGUUUGCCCGCACUUGUGCCGCGGAGGCGAUGGGCCGAGCCGCGACAUCACACCGCCUGCAUUGGACUACUACUGCAUCUCGCCCUAGAGGCACAUAUCCCGCUCUUCACAACACAGGAGUGGGGGGAUGAUGAUGGCGGAAACACAGCGGAGCAACAGAGGGAGGAACAGCAACAGGGCCCAGCAGAGGAUAGUGGAACAGAUGGAGCAUCUGUGGUAGCAAGAACAGCAGCAGCAGCAACAGCAACAGGAAUGCUUUCUUCUUCUUCCUCUUCUUCGCAACGACAUCAUCACCUACGACCUGUGGAGAUGAGAGCACCUAUCAUGUCUGCAAGUGAUGUAGAUUACAGUGAUGCAUCUAUUAAUAUGGCAUCAUCAUCGGCAAACACAGAAUCUUUUGCAACACGUUUUACAGAAUUUACAAUGCAAAAUAAUAAAAUGUUGGCCUAUCGUAAUGAAAUUAUUCGUUUUGUGCUACAACAACUUCUGGAUAUGGAACUUUCUCUUCAAAAUAAUGAUACCUCAUUUCUACAAGACGUGAUGCCUUCCACAGCUUCUUUUUCUUCUUGUGGGACAGCUGAUUGUUUACGCUCAUUAGCAAAUAUUUCUUUUGGUUCUGUGAGUAAAAGACCAAGUGACAAACCUUUUAUAGAAAUUCUCAGAAGUUGUACAGGUCUUGUAUUUCGUCGUCUAGCAGAUGAUUUAGUACGACAACAAGCAGCAGGAGUUUGUGGAAAUGCUGAAUGGUGGCGUGAAAUACUCGCUUUUCAUCUCACAUCUGUAUUAAGGAUGGAAUGCCCUAUUUGUUUACUGUAUUUGGCUCCAAGUUUAGCUCUUCUUGGUAAUGAGGAAGAGACGGUGGAUAUGAUGCAUAAAUUAGUCUCACUCGUCACUAAAGGAUUUCAACCCGUACAACAGAAUAACUGGCGAGGAGCAGCGGCAGCAACUGCUGCAGGUCCAGCCCGUGUGCGAAUGGCACCCCCUACAGUAGGACCAUUAAUGAUUCCAAUGACACACCGUGUACGUGCAGCACUUUAUUUAUAUCCACUUUUUCGUUUUAUGCGUGAUCGUCUUGGAAAUGGUGAAGGAACUCGUAAACGUCUUCAAAAAUGGGUGGUGCAGGAACUGAAAAAUACACCUUCAUCAUCGACACCAAGUCUUCUCGUUCAAGUACUUUUUGCACAAUGUGCCGCUAUAUCUGAACUUCUUGAUGCAGAUCUUGUUGAGGAGAUGGAACCACACACUUCAGAAUCACGUGCCCUACGUUUAUUAAUAGAUAAGUAUCUAAUUAUACCUACUACAGAGUCAAAAAUGACUGAUAAAAAUAAUGAAAAUGUAUCAUUUACUACUAUAUCUAAUAUUGAUACUUCCGAAACGGAUACUGUUGUUGCUGUUCCAGAGUCUAAUAUUAGACGACUUAAUCUCAAAAAGAUGGAAACUGCAGGAUUGUUAUACCCAAACUUAAUGGAAGAAUGCCCAUGGGAUUGGCGACGGUACCAAACUGGAAGAACUGUUGACCAUUAA